UAAGCGCAUUAUAAAUAUCUCACCUCCUUGUUAAACUUUCAAUACCAACUUGUGUCUUCAAACCUUAAGAUCUCUAAGCAUGGCAAAAUAUGCAGCACUUUCUCUUUUCCUAUAUUCCAUACUUGUAGCUCAUUCUACCACCCUCAACAAACGAGUCUCUGCUGCAUCAGACACUUGUGAUUUUCCAGCAAUUUUUAACUUCGGUGAUGCCAAUUCCGACACCGGUGCAUUUGCCACCAUGUUUACCAGCAGACCACCUACUUUUGGCCAAUCCUUCUUCGGUGGAAAUGCAGGAAGACCUUCCGAUGGACGCCUCAUAAUUGAUUUCUUGGCAAGUAGCCUAGGCUUACCAUUCCUCCAUCCAUACCUGGAUUCCUUCGGAGCCAACUUCUCUCACGGUGCAAACUUUGCCAACAUUUUAUCCACCAUUGCACUUCCCACAACCAACAUCAUUCCCGCGGCCAGACGACCCCGUGGAACCAAUCCUGUCUCCCUCGACAUUCAGAUUGCUCAGUUUGCUCAAUUCGUGACUAGGUCACAAACACAAGGGAAGAAAUUCAAGAAAUUGAUGCCAAAAAAGGAAUACUUUGCAAAAGCUCUGUAUACGCUUGAUAUCGGCCAAGUUGAUCUCAGUGAUCAGAUUUUCGACCACAAGACUGAUGAUGAAAUCAAAGCCAUUCUACCAGAUUUGAUCAGUACGUUAUCUUCAAAUAUAAAGAGUUUAUAUAGUUUGGGAGGCAGAACAUUCUGGAUCCAUAACACAGGACCCUUGGGCUGCCUUCCAAUUCUUUUGACCGUGGCUCCAGUGCCAGACGAUCAACUGGACAGUGCUGGUUGUGCGAAACGCUAUAAUGAUUUAGCCCAAUACUUUAACAACUUGCUGAAGAAGGGUGUUGAUCAACUUCGAAAAGACCUCCCCUUGGCUGCUUUCACAUAUGUAGAUGUAUAUUCUGCUAAAUAUUCUCUUUAUCAAGAACCAAAGAAAUACGGAUUCACACAUCCUCUGGAAUCAUGUUGCGGAUAUGGUGGAAAGUACAAAUUCGAAGAAAAUAGCUUGUGUGGGAGCACAAUCAUUGUAAAUGGGACUCAAUUUGUGGUGGAACCCUGCGAACGACCCGCAGAGUAUAUAAACUAUGAAGGAGUCACAUACACUGAAGCAGCUGACAGGAUCACUUCUGCAAGGAUUUCCUCCGGAAAAUUUUCUCAUCCACCUAAUUCAUUGAGAGCAGCUUGUCAGAAAUAGUGAUUUCCAGACUAAAUCCAGAAUAUUGUUAUAAUUUCAUUUGUACUGCUGCAUGUGUCAUAUCAUUAAUUUUUUUUUACAAUUUGUUCUGAUAAUUCCUAGGAUGAGUCAGAGUCGAACCCGUUUGUACCGGAACAAUAGAGGAUAAACCCACUACUUGGACUAUCGGAUCUGCUCCAUGUGUCAUAUUGUUUAUACAGUGCAUAUUGAUUUAAUGCUGC